UCAGCCGCCGGCGGCGCUGGGGCCAGGCUUGGGGCGGAAGCCGGAGCUGGACACGGAGGAGCAGAAGCUGGGCCGGGGCGGAGUGCAGUGCCGCGCAGGACCGAAAGGAGGGGCGUGUUGCCGCUAGCCCCCUGCGAGCCACCCCCCAAGCCUGCCCCGAGGCGCCCUCCCACCAGGCCGCCUGCCUCCGCCUUCCGCCACUCUCCAUUUCCCCGGAAUCUCUGCCCGGCCGGCGCUCCUGCACUCCGAGACCCUUCCCUGCGAGGGCUCGCUCCCGACCGCUUUCCGCCUUCACUGCUGCCUUGCACCCUGGGCUUCCAGCCCCCUCUGUCCUUUUCCCGACUGGAUCCCACCCUCUCCUUCCCCUUCCUUUAGCUCAGGCUCCCUGUUCCUUGCCCUAGCAGAGUCCCAGCUCCUCACUCACUUUGCUCUGGCUGCCAGCCCUCCCUCCUUCUCUUCCUUGCCCGGGGUCCAGCCUAUCCUGUCCCUCUCUUCCUCUCUUCCUCUCUCGCCCUUUCCCAGGCCUGGAGUUGCAGACCUUGGGUCGCUUCCCGCGGUGCAGCCUGCGUCUUGUCCCUUUCCCCCAGCCUGGAGUUCUGGAGAGAACCCAGCCUUCCUCCACCCCCGGAGGACUGCUUCCAUUCAAAUACCUGAGACAUGAACUUUCUCUAGAGACUGCCCCGGUGUCUCUCCCCACCCACUGAGCCUUGCUACCUAUGUCCUGGGACUUGCUGUCACUUUGCUGAGCGUUGGCGUGUCCGGGGCUGAGUGAGCGGCAUGCUGCUUCUGUGGUCUGGCAUCUGCGGCCUCUCGCCACCGCGCAUCUUCCCUUCCUUGCUGCUGCUGCUGGCCCUCCUGGGGCUGCCCCCCAUUCUCAGGAGCCAUGGCCUCCAGCUCAGUCCUACUGCCAGCACCGUCCCACCGCCGCGGGAACGCUCCAUGGGGGAUGUCACCACCGCCCCCCCUGAUAUCAUCCCCGAGAGCCGCCCCGUUAACCGGUCAGUCACUGAGCAUCACUUGAAGGCCCGAAAGGCCUUUCCAGUGCUGGGCAUUGACUACGGGCACGUGCGCACGCCCUUCGAGAUCUCCCUCUGGAUCCUGCUGGCCUGCCUCAUGAAGAUAGGUUUCCACGUGAUCCCCACCAUCUCGAGCAUCGUCCCCGAGAGCUGCCUGCUGAUCGUGGUGGGGCUGCUGGUAGGGGGCCUGAUCAAGGGCGUGGGGGAGACCCCGCCCUUCCUGCAGUCGGAAGUCUUCUUCCUCUUCUUGCUGCCGCCCAUCAUCCUGGACGCGGGCUACUUCCUGCCGCUGCGGCAGUUCACGGAGAACCUGGGCACCAUCCUCAUCUUCGCCGUGGUGGGCACGCUGUGGAACGCCUUCUUCCUGGGCGGCCUCAUGUACGCCGUGUGCCUGGUGGGCGGGGAGCAGAUCAACAACAUUGGCCUCCUGGAGAACCUGCUCUUCGGCAGCAUCAUCUCGGCCGUGGACCCCGUGGCCGUGCUGGCCGUCUUCGAGGAAAUCCACAUCAACGAGCUGCUGCAUAUCCUGGUCUUCGGGGAGUCCCUGCUCAAUGACGCCGUCACUGUGGUCCUGUAUCACCUCUUCGAGGAGUUUGCCAGCUACGACCACGUGGGCAUCGUGGACAUUGUCUUAGGCUUCCUGAGCUUCUUCGUGGUGGCCCUGGGCGGGGUGUUUGUGGGCGUGGUCUACGGGGUCAUCGCCGCCUUCACCUCCCGGUUCACCAACCACAUCCGCGUCAUCGAGCCGCUCUUCGUCUUCCUCUACAGCUACAUGGCGUACCUGUCUGCUGAGCUCUUCCACCUGUCAGGCAUCAUGGCACUUAUUGCCUCGGGCGUGGUGAUGCGCCCCUAUGUGGAGGCCAACAUCUCCCACAAGUCCCACACGACCAUCAAGUAUUUCCUGAAGAUGUGGAGCAGCGUCAGUGAGACCCUCAUUUUCAUCUUCCUCGGCGUCUCCACUGUGGCCGGCUCCCACCACUGGAACUGGACCUUCGUCAUCAGCACCCUGCUCUUCUGUCUCAUUGCACGCGUGCUGGGUGUGCUGGGCCUCACCUGGUUCAUCAACAAGUUCCGCAUCGUGAAGCUCACACCCAAGGACCAGUUCAUCAUCGCCUACGGGGGCCUGCGCGGGGCCAUCGCCUUCUCUCUGGGCUACCUCCUGGACAAGAAGCACUUCCCCAUGUGUGACCUCUUCCUCACCGCCAUCAUCACCGUCAUCUUCUUCACCGUCUUUGUGCAGGGCAUGACCAUCCGGCCUCUGGUAGACCUGCUGGCUGUGAAGAAAAAGCAGGAGACGAAGCGUUCCAUCAAUGAGGAGAUCCACACCCAGUUCCUGGACCACCUUCUGACAGGCAUUGAGGACAUCUGUGGCCACUACGGCCACCACCACUGGAAGGACAAGCUCAACCGCUUCAACAAGAAGUACGUGAAGAAGUGCCUGAUCGCGGGCGAGCGGUCCAAGGAGCCCCAGCUCAUCGCCUUCUACCACAAGAUGGAGAUGAAGCAGGCCAUCGAGCUGGUGGAGAGCGGGGGCAUGGGCAAGCUGCCCUCCGCCGUGUCCACCGUCUCCAUGCAGAACAUCCACCCCAAGGCCCUGCCUGCCGAGCGCAUCCUGCCGGCUCUGUCCAAGGACAAGGAAGAGGAGAUCCGCAAGAUCCUCCGGAACAACUUGCAGAAGACCAGGCAGCGGCUGCGCUCCUACAACAGACACACGCUGGUGGCAGACCCCUACGAGGAGGCCUGGAACCAGAUGCUGAUCCGGAGACAGAAGGUCCGGCAGCUGGAGCAGAAGAUCAACAACUACCUGACGGUGCCCGCCCACAAGCUGGACUCACCCACCAUGUCCCGCGCCCGCAUCGGCUCAGACCCCCUGGCCUAUGAGCCGAAGGCUGACCUGCCCGUCAUCACCAUCGACCCGGCCUCGCCGCAGUCGCCCGAGUCUGUGGACCUGGUGAACGAGGAACUGAAGGGCAAGAUCUUGGGGCUGGGCCGGGACCCGGUCAGACUGACGGAGGAGGACGAGGAUGAGGACGGGGGCAUCAUGAUCCGGUCCAAGGAUACCUCCUCCCCCGGCACCGAUGAUGUCUUCACGCCCGGGCCCAGCGACAGCCCCAGCUCCCUGAGGAUACAGCGCUGCCUCAGCGACCCUGGCCCACACCCUGACCCUGGGGAGGGCGAGCCUUUCAUCCCCAAGGGCCAGUAGCGCCAGGAGCGCGGGUGGUGGCCGGCCCGCAGAGACUCUCCCACCAGAGCCAGAGCUGCUGGAGGGGGCGGGGUGGGGGGGUCCCUCGACCUUCGUCCCCUGGCCUGGCCCCACCCGUCCCGACUGCAUGGCCCCCCGGGCCCACUGCCCCAGCCCCACGCAGCACGGCUUCCCCGGCCUCCCCCUGGGCAGAUUGGCGGGGCUGGUGAAGCCCCCCGGGGCUGGCUCUGAGCGCCCUGCGCCUCAGCCACACCC